CGCGCAGCCCCAAUGCCAGGCGGGCGCCCGGCCGCCGCCUGGGAGCAUCCUGCCAGCACUUCUCCGCCGAGGCACCGCCGACCCUUGGGAUUAAAAUACUGCGCUGGGCAGCCGAGGGACGGCAGACAGGUAACUGUUAUGCCAUUUCUUUGGUGAAGGCUACUCAGCAGUGGUGACCUCUCCGAAUCGACCACUCCAAAAAUUAUUAUCUCUGGACUCCCAGCUGACACCCUGCUGGAAGCUAGAGCUGCAGAGACAACUGGAAUUGUGCCUGCUCUCAUCAAAAGGAGAAAAAAACGAUGAAGUUGGGCAAAGUGGAGUUCUGCCAUUUGUUGCAGAUAAUAGCUCUUUUCCUGUGUCUUUCUGGGAUGAAUCAAGCAGAGCCCUCAAGGUCCAGGUCAAAGCCCUACUUUCAAUCAGGGAGGACAAGAACCAAACGCAGCUGGGUGUGGAAUCAAUUCUUUGUGCUGGAAGAAUACAUGGGCACAGACCCACUCUAUGUAGGAAAGCUUCACUCUGAUGUUGAUAAAGGAGAUGGUUCGAUCAAAUACAUCUUGUCAGGCGAAGGGGCAAGUUCCAUUUUCAUUAUUGAUGAGAACACAGGGGAUAUUCAUGCUACAAAGAGGCUGGAUCGAGAAGAGCAGGCCUACUACACACUCCGAGCACAAGCACUAGAUAGGCUGACUAAUAAACCUGUGGAACCAGAAUCUGAGUUCGUCAUUAAGAUUCAGGACAUCAAUGACAAUGAGCCAAAAUUUCUGGAUGGUCCUUACACUGCUGGAGUUCCUGAGAUGUCUCCUGUGGGUACCUCUGUGGUUCAAGUAACAGCCACUGAUGCAGAUGAUCCUACUUACGGCAACAGUGCCCGAGUGGUUUACAGCAUAUUGCAAGGACAACCUUAUUUUUCUGUGGAGCCAAAGACAGGUGUUAUCAAGACUGCCCUUCCAAAUAUGGAUAGAGAAGCCAAGGACCAAUAUCUACUAGUUAUUCAAGCAAAGGACAUGGUUGGGCAAAAUGGUGGAUUAUCAGGAACAACAUCUGUAACUGUCACACUGACUGAUGUAAAUGACAACCCACCCCGCUUUCCACGACGAUCAUAUCAAUAUAAUGUCCCAGAGUCUUUACCUGUGGCUUCUGUGGUGGCCAGAAUAAAAGCUGCAGAUGCAGAUGUGGGACCCAAUGCUGAAAUGGAGUAUAAGAUUGUAGAUGGUGAUGGUUUGGGAGUAUUCAAAAUUUCUGUGGACAAAGACACUCAGGAAGGAAUCAUCACCAUUCAGAAGGAGCUGGACUUUGAAGCUAAAACAAGCUAUACCCUGAGGAUAGAAGCAGCCAAUAUGCAUGUUGACCCUCGCUUCCUGAGUCUUGGACCCUUCAAUGACAUGACAACAGUGAAGAUAAUUGUAGAAGAUGUUGAUGAGCCGCCUGUGUUUACUUCACGUUUGUACUCCAUGGUGGUGUCUGAAGCAGCAAAGGUUGGCACUAUCAUUGGAACUGUAGCAGCCCAUGAUCCAGAUGCCUCAAAUAGUCCUGUCAGGUAUUCAAUAGAUCGAAACACAGACCUUGAGAGGUAUUUCAAUAUUGAUGCCAACAGUGGAGUCAUUACUACUGCCAAGUCUUUGGACAGGGAAACAAAUGCUGUUCAUAAUAUCACAGUCUUGGCUAUGGAGAGUCAGAAUCCAGCACAGAUUGGGAGAGGAUAUGUAGCCAUCACUAUCCUUGACAUCAAUGACAAUGCCCCUGAGUUUGCCAUGGAGUAUGAGACAACUGUCUGUGAAAAUGCUCAACCUGGCCAGGUCAUACAGAAAAUCAGUGCAAUAGAUAAAGAUGACCCACCGAAUGGCCAUCAGUUCUACUUCAGUUUAACAGCAGAGGCAGCAAAUAACCACAAUUUUACACUUCAGGACAACAAAGAUAACACUGCAACAGUAUUAACCAGAAGAAAUGGUUUCCGAAGACAGGAACAAUCUGUUUUUUAUUUGCCAAUAUUCAUUGUGGACAGUGGGUCACCUUCACUGAGUAGCACUAAUACACUCACCAUCAGAGUCUGUGACUGUGAUGCAGAUGGUAUUGCUCAGACAUGCAAUGCAGAGGCAUACAUAUUGCCUGCAGGACUUAGCACUGGAGCCCUGAUAGCAAUAUUGGCUUGUGUCUUAACGUUGCUGGUUCUUGUCUUGCUGAUUGUCACCAUGAGGAGACGGAAAAAAGAGCCCCUUAUUUUUGAUGAAGAGAGAGAUAUCAGAGAGAACAUUGUCAGGUAUGAUGAUGAGGGUGGUGGAGAAGAAGACACUGAGGCUUUUGACAUGUCUGCCUUGAGAAACCUCAACAUCAUCCGGGACACCAAGACCAGGAGGGACGUGACACCUGAGAUUCAGUUCUUGAGCAGACCAACUUUUAAAAGCAUCCCAGAUAAUGUAAUUUUUAGGGAAUUUAUCUGGGAGAGACUAAAAGAAGCUGAUGUGGACCCCUGCGCACCACCCUAUGACUCCCUGCAGACAUACGCCUUUGAGGGGAAUGGCUCAGUUGCAGAGUCGCUCAGCUCCUUAGAUUCGAUCAGCUCAAACUCUGACCAGAACUAUGAUUACCUCAGUGACUGGGGCCCUCGCUUUAAAAGGCUUGCAGAUAUGUAUGGGACUGGACCAGACUGCUUAUACUCAUAGCCUUGGAACCUUUCUCUGAAUAUGCACUGAAGAAUACUAAAAUAAAAAACUCAACCUUACAGACAGAAGAAAGUUGUAAAUAGUUCUCCAUUUUUAAUAUUUUAUUUCAUUUUCUUUUUGCCUUGGUGGAACAUAUCUUCAUUAGACUUGUCCUAGGGAUUGCACUGACCACAUAACAUAUGAGCAUUUGAGGCAUUUUUGAUAAAAUGAAAUGCUAAGACACAUUCAAAUAGAUAGCAACCAUAAGAUACCUUCAGAGGCAACUCACUUUCAAAAGUAUGUUAUGCACUAUGACCUCAAUGAGUCAAUUGUACUCUGUAGAUGCCUUUACAGUAUUGCUAUAUCUAGAACACAGUCUUUGAUAUAAGUGUAAGAAGCAUCAAAUUAACAAAUAUAAUUCAGUACAGUAUGACAAUAUAUAGUGUUUGCAAAUGUAGGCCUUUUAGCAAAUUUUCUUUACAAUGCUGCAUGCAGCUCGCUAAGCAAAAACCAGAAGAGAAAUUAAAACAAACAAAAACCCAGAUCAUUUUUUGUUUGUCCCUGUUUGUUUUCAAAUUUAUUUAAUUGAAAGUCUCUGUAAAUUCCUGGGUAGUUUUAUUAAUAUAUAUAUAAAGAGAUAUAUAUUACAAUUUGUUCUAAGAAAAAAACACAUUUGUCAUCAACUUACUGAUGUAGUUUACAGACCACAUAAAAUGAGAAAUACGGAGUGGUAUUCUCAAGGUUGAAAAGUUUUGUGAUGCCCAUGUAGGUAUAGAAAAGAUGUUGCUAUCUAUUUGUUAUUUUUUAUUAUCUCUUCUGAUUUGUACAGGAGAAUUUAUCCUUUUUUAUUAUUAUUUGACAUAAAGCAUUAUAUUUAUUUUGGAGCUCUAAUCUCCACUAAAUUCAGGUCCAUUUUACUGCCUCAUGGUAUUAGACUUGUCAGAACAUGCUGAUUUUUCUCCAGUCUCAGAUAAAUGAAGCGUGGAAAUAGAGAAAUUACAGUAAAGCAAUUGAGCCCACCAUUCAUCUCUCAGAAAUGAGAGCAGCCACAAGGACACACAGUUGUUCUUCUGAGCCACUACAAUGUCUGAGACAUUUAAAUAAAAUAUUUGUACAUUGCAGUUCUGGAAAGAAGACUACAGAGUAGCUGGGAGUGUCUUUAAUGCAAGAUAUAAUUUUCAAGGUCAAAUAUCCUAUAUGCUUCAAAGACUUUAAACACCCUGCUUUUCCCCCUCCUGUUAUCUUUUGCUGCUGAUGAAUCACAGUAAAAGACUCUUAAAUUUCUUUCUUAUGUUAAGCAAUGUAAUGCUAUUAAUUCCAGAAACAAUCUUUAGAUCUUUCUACACAUAUGUAUUUUCCCCAAAGGUGUUAACUCAGUAUACAUAAUUUCUACAUUGGAUCAGGAGUGCCAAAACAGAAAGACAACUGCUGUUGCUUAAAAUACUGUAUGGUUUUGAAGUAGGAUUUCUUAGAAUAAGAUAACUUUUUUAUUAUUCUGACUAUUUAUACUUCAUCUUUCAUGAUUUAUUAUUAGAUAAUAAGGCAUAUAAUCAAGUAAAGUAGUGUUUUAAGUAUUAUUUCAGAUUCUUUUGUUCUAGAUAACCUGUAGAUGGGUUCCUAAGUUAGACUAUGCUCCUACGAACUCUUUUGCUUGUACCUAACUUACAAUGAUUUGACUUGCGUGCAAUUACUGAGAGUCAUUUAGAAUUGUUUGUAGGAUUUUAUCUGUGAGUAGAAGGUACUACAUAGAGAAUGAUGUUCACUCCAGAAGUACUUAUUUCUGAAAUAAAGAUCCUUGUACUGAAAUGUAUGGGUGGCACAAGGCUGGGAGAAGGAAAAUUAUCGUUAAGGCUUUGUAAUUUUUGCAGCCCAACAUUAUCAAUUAACUAUGUGAAAGUGACCUUCAGUUUCAUCAGAGAAAAGCAAAAUAAUUUUAAUCAUCUGCAACAUGGAUGUUUAAUUUUUGUUACACUUUGGUAGACAAUCAUUGAUUCAUAAUUCAGUAGAUUUGCUUCUAGUUGUACUAAAUAUAUAUAUAUGUAUAUAUAUAUGACAGAUUUUGUAAUGGAACUGAAAGAUAUUGCCCAUGACUUUUAGUCAUACCUGUAAGAUUUUCAAUAAAAA